AUGGUGGGGAAAGGGGACUACAACGACAUAUUCUGGAUCACAGCCGUCUCGCUCCCGCUUCCCCCGUGGCCGAAUUCACUGGCCCUGUCCAAAGCGAUUCUUCUUCAUCCUGGCAAUGCAAAGAAGUUUGACAGAUUUGUCGAGUUGAAGACCUUGUCCGACCGUCAAGAGCGAAUACACAUCAACCUCGUUGUUCUUUUCCGGCUUCUGUUACGAUGUCAACAUCUGGCCUUCGAUCGCACCCGCUUUUGGGACUUCAUACGCGAUCACUGGGGUGUGUAUAAUGCCAGCUCUCGAAUGGCCGAGGACCUUGCAGAAAUCUACUCCGAUCGUCGCCGCGUAUACCUGGAAACCCCAAAAAUUUACAAGAAGCGCCAUAACUUUCUGAGUAAUCUCAUCGACGCGUGGAAUUCCCGGGAUCCUGACCCGCCAGUCGGUGCCCAGCCGACAACCCAGGAACUUGAGGAAGAGUGGAAGUACGUUGAGGAAUCAUGGUCAGAGCUGAUGAAGCAUGACCGGAUGUCCAUCAUUGACCCAGACAAUCCUCCCAUGUAUGGGUCGUUCCCCAUCAAGAAGGGUACACCAUCGAGCUUUCGAAUAAGAGGUGGAAGCAUACGCAGCACCGGCCAGGAUCUCGCCUCGCGCAUCUCGGUACCAUCACUCCAGCGUCAACGGAGGGACUCUUCCACUAGCGCCCACCUCCAGAAGAUACUUUCUGGCAAGAGUCUCCCACGCGUCUCGAUGCCAACACCGGACAGGCAACGCAUAGCUUCUUCCGGCCAAGAUGGCAUCAGGCCGUCUACUCCGGGUGCUUCAGAAAGCGUUAUUGAUGACCUCAUUCAAAGCGAAGGGCGGAAACGGAAACUUAGCCCCGAUGCACCCAACUCUUUCAAAAGGCAAUGCGUCCCGUGGUCGCCGUCAAGCUCCCCGCGACUGGACUUGCAGCUCACCCCUUGUCACAAGGAGCCCUCUAGCCAAGUGAUGAGCAGCCAAGACCAUCAACAAACACCCACUUACCAUGGGGCAACAGACUCGACACUUAAUACAAGUCAGGAUUUGGCUGAAGAACAACACGAGACAUACGACCCGUCCCUGGACGAUCUAGCCACUAUCGGACACCAGAAAGAGUCACAGUAUGGCGAUGAGCUACUCCAAUUGCUCGAAACCAGAGUUGGACAAAACGACGAGACUAUGCGGCUCUUGAAAGCGCAAACAAGCCUCGUCAUGGAAUAUGGGGAACUUUCAAGUGAUAUCCGGAAAGCACACGACCAGCUCAACCUGCUCGCUGCUUCAAAGUGCCAAGAUGCCCUACAAAAAUUGGAUGUCCUCAGUAGCCAGAUAAACAGCCUUGUUGCAGAGAUUAUGACAUGUCGCAAGUCGGGCCGAGAGAUUCAACAACGACAGCAAGGUCAGCAUGACCUUAUCAAAAGAUUUGAAGGCGAUUUGGAGACGUUGAACCAAGAGAUGAAGGAAGUCAAAUAUGGUCUUCUGUCCAACACAGAUGCGUCUCAAGCUUCCGAGGCAAGCAAGAAAACCGUCAGAUUAGGAUUGGAAGAUCGAAAGGAGGUGGAUAUUCAGCAGAGUACUCGGACGGGAGAACGGCUAGCCGCAUUGGAAGAAUGGGUGGGCGCGCAGCCUCACUCGAUCCUGCCAUCUCCAGAGGUCUUUGAAGAGCGCAUUGAGAGGAUAGAAAGGGCCAUCGCCGACCAAGUACCGAAUGCUGAUUACAUGCCUCGGAUUAUAAAGAUGGAGGAGGCCAUCACCAUCAGCACAGCCUUGAUCAAUAAUUGCAGAACACUUGUCGAUGUUAGCAAAACCUCCCUAGAUCAACACCUAGGCACCUUCCACAAUCGCAUCGCAAUGGUGGAGGCCCGCCUUGCGAACCACGUUGCCGAGCAGGCGGAAACAAAGAAAGAACAGGCCAAGAGAAUGGAUCGAAUCGAGGCCGAGCUUCAACGCCAAAAAGAGACAACAUCUACACAACAGCAGCCUAUUCUCGGUCGUCAGCAUGUAACCGAAAGUCACGGUUUCCAGGCCCAAUUGAAUGCGCUCAAGAACUCAUUGGCUGUUCUGGCGCGAGGUCAGAGCAUGGAAAACGUUGAUAGAACCUCAACAACACCAUUAACGCCAAUAACACCAUUAUCCCAGGCCAACCAGAGCUCUCUGAACCGUCUCCCGAGGCCAGUACAGAAUGGAGUGCUAGCUGGCUUGACAAGGCCCCAACACAAUGCCGCACCCAUCAAGGAUGAAACUUGA